AUGUUGGUCACUCGCCAAGAUGACACAGUCCUGGCCGACUUCGAGUACUACAAGUACACCCCAUCAAUGGCCGGCGCUGUUGUCUUCGUCAUCCUCUUCGUCAUCACAUCCGUCCUCCACCUCUGGCAGAUGUUCCGGACAAGAACCUGGUUCAUGAUUCCAUUCUGCAUCGGUGGUGUCAUGGAAGUGAUCGGCUACAUCGGUCGUGCUGCAUCUUCACAGGAGACUCCCGACUGGACCCUCGGCCCAUACAUUAUCCAGAGUAUCUUCCUCCUCGUUGCACCGGCACUCUUCGCGGCGUCGAUUUACAUGGAACUGGCGCGGAUUGUCUUGAUGGUUGAGGCGGAUCAUGCGCUGUUCAUUCGGAGAAAGUGGUUGACCACCAUCUUUGUUUGUGGAGAUGUGUUGUCUUUCUUGAUGCAGUCUUCUGGUGGUGGCCUCAUGGCAAGCGGCAACAGCGAUUCUGUCAACAAGGGCGAGAGCAUCAUCAUGGGCGGUCUAGCCGUCCAGCUGAUCUUCUUCUUCCUCUUCAUCGUCGCCGGAGCAGUCUUCCACGCCCGUGUGCGCAAGUCGCCCACCGCGAAGUGUGCUCGUUACCCCUGGCAGAAGCACAUGGUCAGCCUCUACCUGGUCAGCGUACUGAUCUUUGUGCGAUGCUUGGUUCGUCUGAUCGAGUACGGCCAAGGCUUCGAUGGUUACAUCAUCAGCCACGAAAUCUACCUCUUCAUCUUCGACGCUCUACUCAUGUGGCUGGCCAUGGUCGUCAUGAACUGGGUCCACCCUUCGGAGGUUGCAGCGUUGAUUCGUGGGUACGGCAAGAUGAGUGACAAGGUCAUUGGUACCAAAGAUGUGUAA